AUGAUAUCGACAAUCCUCGCGAGUCUGCUGUGCUAUGUUGCGGCCCUCACCCCAGUAGAUCCGAACUACGCCUGCACUCUUGCAUGCGAGUCUACGCCAAGUUGUGCCGAAGAUCCACAGGCUCAUGGUUCCUUCUGCAAGUACUGGCUGAGCCCGUCCACUUGCUUUGGCUUCUAUGUUCGGGAUAAUGGUUCACCAUGCUACCAGCCCAAUGAUCCUACUUGUGACGAUGGUGUUCUACAGCCACUGCCUUGUAUCGAGUCUCCUAAGGCGACCACGGAAUCGUCGUUUGCGGAGGGUGACAGUCUGCCUGAUGACGAUUAUGAUGACACCUCAGAGCCUACAAUCAACAACACUGCGUUUUCUCAGACUUCGACUACCGAUUCUUCAACUGCAACAACUACUGAGGUUCUGGUAGUGACAACUGGACCUGGAGAGGAGACUUCCGCUAAGCCUCUGCUUGAGACUAGUGCACCAUCAGCUGGAACUUUCGCUGAACCUCCGGUCGAGACCACUGUUGAACCUCCAGUCGACACCACUGCCGAACCUCCGGUCGAGACCAGUGUUGAGCCUCCGGUCGAGACCACUGUUGAGCCUCCGGUCGAGACCACUGUUGAGCCUCCGGUCGAGACCACUGCUGAGCCUCCGGUCGAGACCACUGUUGAAUCUCCGGUAGAGACGACUGGUGAAUCUCCAGUCGAGACCACUCCUGAGCCUCCGGUCGAGACCACCGCUGAGCCUGCGGUUGAGACCACUGUUGAGCCUCCGAUCGAGACCACUGCCGAACCCUCGUUCGAGACCACUGUCGAACCCUUGGUCGACACCGCUGCUGAACCUCCAGUGGAGACAACUGCUGAACCUCCGGUGGAGACAACUGCUGAACCUUCAGUCGAGACCACUGCUGAACCUCCGGUCGAGACCACUGCUGAACCUCCGGUCGAGACCACUGCCGAACCCUCGGUCGAGACCACUGUCGAACCCUCGGUCGACACCGCUGCUGAACCUCCAGUGGAGACAACUGCUGAACCUCCAGUGGAGACAACUGCUGAACCUCCAGUGGAGACAACUGCUGAACCUUCAGUGGAGACAACUGCUGAACCUCCAGUGGAGACAACUGCUGAACUUCCAGUCGGGACCACUGUCGAACUUCCAGUCGGGACCACUGUCGAAACUCCGGUCGAGACCACUGUCGAACCCUCGGUCGAGACCACUGUCGAACCUUCGAUCGAGACCACUGCUGAACCUCCGGUCGAGACCAAUGUUGAACCUCCGGUCGAGACCACUGCUGAUCCUCCGGUCGAGACCACUGCUGAAUCUCCGGUCGAGACCACUGCUGAAUCUCCGGUCGAGACCACUGUUGAGCCUCCGGUCGAGACCACUGUUGAGCCUCCGGUCGAGGCCACUGUUGAGCCUCCGGUCGAGGCCACUGUCGAAACCUCGGCCGAGACCACUGCUGAACCUCCAGUGGAGACAACUGUCGAGCCUCUGGUCGAGACCACUGCUGAAUCUCCAGUCGAGACCACUGCUGAAUCUCCAGUCGAGACCACUGCUGAAUCUCCGGUCGAGACCACUGCUGAAUCUCCGGUCGAGACCACCGCUGAGCCUCCGGUUGAGACCACUGUUGAACCUCCGAUCGAGACCACUGUCGAGCCCUCGGUCGAGACCACUGUCGAGCCCUCGGUCGAGACAACUGUUGAACCUCCAGUGGAGACAACUGUUGAACCUCCAGUGGAGACAACUGCUGAACCUUCAGUGGAGACAACUGCUGAACCUCCAGUGGAGACCACUGUCGAACUUCCAGUCGGGACCACUGUCGAACUUCCAGUCGGGACCACUGUCGAACUUCCAGUCGGGACCACUGUCGAACCUCCGGUCGAGACCACUGUCGAACCCUCGGUCGAGACCACUGUCGAACCUCCGGUCGAGACCACUGCUGAACCUCCGGUCGAGACCACUGCUGAACCUCCGGUCGAGACCACUGCUGAAGCUCCAGUCGAGACCACUGCUGAACUUCCCGUUGGGACAACUGAUGAACCUUCGGUCGAGACCACUGCUGAAUCUUCGGUCGAGACUAUUAACAUGGUUCCGGUCGAGAGCAAAGCUCCGACGGAACCUGUGGUUGAAACGAAGACUGCUCCUGCUGGAACGAUCAUUCUCCUCCCUGCCACGUCCACAAUACGGAUUCUUUCGUGA